GGAAAAUCGAUAGACCCAUCUGACCAUCACGUGGGUCAGUUACCACUAAAAUAUUUUCAUGCUCAGUUCGAAAGUUUUGAACACGGUUACUGGAAUGAAGCUGUUAAAGUGUAUGCCGAAUGUGUCAUGGUCUGUUAUGAAGCACACUUUGAUCAAUGUACAGCAGUGCCGCUGUCUUUGUGUACCAGCAUCUCUCUAUGAAAAGAACGGACUUUGGGCAAACCAGUUGAGUAAAACUUUAAUGCUAGAUAUUGAGGCAGUAUGGAAAGAAAGACUUCACAACUAUGAUGCUCAAAAUAAAGCUGACCUCUCGGACAUUAAGGAGGGUGAUGAAAAGUUCUAUGCCCUGUCAAUGUUUCCGUACCCAAGUGGAAAGCUGCAUAUGGGUCAUGUGCGUGUUUAUACCAUCAGCGAUGUCAUGGCUAGGUACCAUAGAAUGCUAGGUCACAAGGUGAUACAUCCGAUGGGUUGGGACGCAUUUGGGUUACCUGCUGAGAAUGCUGCCAUAGAGAGAGGCUUACACCCGAAGGAUUGGACCUACAGUAAUAUUGCUACAAUGAAGGAACAGUUACAGAAUCUUUGCUGUGCUUUUGAUUGGGAACGGGAAUUGACAACUUGUGAUCCUUCCUACUAUAAAUGGACACAGUAUAUAUUCUUGAAAAUGUACGAGGCAGGCUUGGUGUAUCAGAAACAGGCUAGUGUAAACUGGGACCCAGUGGAUGAGACGGUACUGGCGGACGAGCAGGUGGAUGAUAAAGGCUGCUCGUGGAAUCAGGAGCGAAAGUGGAGAAAAGAUACCUUAAACAGUGGUACAUUUAAACUACAGCAUAUGCUCAGUCCCUUUUACAAGGCCUAGAUACAGUGAGAUCUGACUUGUGGAACAAUGUUAUUAGCAUGCAGAAAACUUGGAUAGGGGAAUGUACAGGCUGUAAAUUCGAUUUUGCAUUAAAGCGAGAUGGUAAAGACUUCGAGGAACCUCUCUCAGUAUUCACGGAUGUACCAGAGGCAGUGUUUGGUGUGUCACAUAUAGCCUUGUCAACAGAGCAUAGAUAUAACCAUGAAAAGUAUUAUUGUAAG